AUGGCGGACGACGAGAAGACUUUUACGUUUCAGUGCGUUCCAAACAAAACUUUUCCAGGAUUUGAAUCUGCCGAUAUAAAAGAACGUUUUAUGAAAUGGUAAGUUCAAAAACUGUUUUUGCGAAAUGGUAGCGGAGAUUGAAGGCAUACGCGAAAAAGUACUUCUGCAAAUACGCGCGAACUUGUCUCCGUCUUUCACUCAGAUAAGCUUAUUUAUGAUUUAAUUCCUAACGAUUUUCGACAGUUCAAAACAAUUUUAAGAACUCCAUUGUAUAUUAUCAGCACAAAAAUUGCCGUUAAAGUAGUUAGUACGUUGGUGGCUGCCACUGAAUCAUACAUGUUACAGUUUGCAGUUUUGGAUCGCGUUCUAACGAUGUUCAAUUUUUGUAAUUUAGCUUAAGAGACAAAAAACCCAGCCAGACAAAGAGACUGGCUGUUAUUAAGAUUGGAUGAUUUGUCGUAUCCAGUAACUCCCCGUUCCUCGUAGAUGGUUUGUCUUGACAUAUAACCCAACCACUGAUUUAUGUGUCUCUGGAAAGUCUGUGUCUUCAAUAUAACAAUGUUAAGGUGUGAAUAUAAUCAACCCUCUCUAAGAUGGACACCAUAUUAGGACCAUCAUUAAUUUAUCUUUCUCAGAGUGGUGUACCCUUAGAGGGGGUUAAUUUUGGAUCUAUCCCUACUAUCAAAAUCAAAGAAAAAUAAUAGAGAAAACAAUGGUAUAUAUUCUAACAAAUUAAUAACAUCAAAAAAGUACCCACAAGUCACAAAUGCAUGUUAAAGGAGAUGUUGAAAGGUAUUUUACUAUUAUGUACCUGCCAACUAUUUUCUGGGUCAAAUGCGUGAGAUUUUCGCCUUGUAAUGACCGCGAUUUCUGAAAACGCCUCAGCAACUUCCAAAGAUUUCUGAUGAUUCUCUGAAGACUUCUGAAUGUUGCCAAAAGUUUCUAAAGAGGUUUCAUUGUCCUUUGAGCACUUCCAAAGCUAUUUAAAAGACAACAAUGUCAGUGUUUUUUUAUUUGAUUAGGACACGACUUCAUCAUUCUGGGCCUGUUUGGAAUAUUUUAGUGGAAAAUGAAUUGAAUUUUUGUCAUAAAUCAUGUGUUAAAGAACAAUAUUCAUCUGGAUUUGUGAGUCAGGUGUGAGAAAUGGUCCUUGAUGUAUGAGAUCGACGUCUUAAGGCCAAAGAAGUGAGACUCACGCAUAAUGCGUGACUGUUGGCAGGUGUAUUAUUACUGUUUCCAAAAACUAUUUUUCCAAAUGUUCAGUUUUACACAGAGAAGCUUGAGGAAACUGUCAAAAGAGAUUUCUCGGUCGCAGGGAUGUAGAAAAUAGCCUGGAGCCAGGGAAAAUACCCGGCUCUCAACGCAUUUUUUUCUGGUUGAUAAAAAUUGCAGUCUUUAAAAAGGCAACUGUUUUCUUCUCAUAUUACCUGCCCAUCAAAUGCCAUUUCCUGUCUGUUAUGAAUUUAAGCUACACCCCUGUGUCGGGUAGGUAACUGGAAAGAGAGUGCAUCUCUUUAAAAAAGAAUAAUAUAUCACUGUUUGCAGGGGAAUGAUAAGAAGAAGUAAAUCUCAAAUGUUCUCGUAUGACCAGUUGUUUCAGGCAUAUCAAAAAGACAAGUUUGUUUUGGUAAGUCAUACUUCUUUAAAGGCACCUUAUUACCAAACGUUAGCUGGCUUCAAUACUAAAUUGUCUUAUCAAUGUACUACUGAUGAGCCGUAUUGUGUACGUACAAUUGUACUAUAUUCUUACAGGGUUGCCUAGAGAGCUAAUAGCAAACCAUUAUUAUUAUACCUGAAGUAAUUAAUCAACCAUUUUUUUCAACUCCCUCCCCCCCUUAAUUUUCCUCAAUAUAUCCAAGCAGAAGGGAAAAUAUAUGUAUACUGGAAACCAAUUGUUUUAGUUAAUAGAUAACAAAUAACCAAUUUUAAAAAAAUCACUGUACAGUGAAUAUCCCAAAAAACUGGCUCUGACUCUGAUCCUACAGUAUAAAGCGAUGACAAAUUAUUACCUAACUACUUUGGCUUCUCUUUUUUUAAAGGACUUUUUUCAAGAUCCUGCUGUUGUUUCCAGUCUUCAGGUUGGUGUUCUGUACGAUUAGUAAGAAAUAGUUUAGCUUGUUCUGAGGGUAAAGGGGGUACUUUAUACCAUCUUUAAUGGCAUGACAUACAGGAAGGCUCUGCCUACAAGGGGAACCAUUUUUUGCUUCAGGUAUAUUAAAGGGUAAGGAUUUCAUGCAUCAAAAUAUAUUGUAAGGGUAGGGAUAUAUCUUGUUUUAGGUUUUUAAAAGAGCCUUUAAGUAUUUAAAACUAUUAUGAACAGAGAUAUCUUAUAGGUAGCCUGCGUAGCUGGCGGUAUUGUGUGGGUGCGAGAUUAAAGUUUUGGCGGCGGAGCCGUGUUCCAAAAAAGGGAGUAGGGACGAGGCGGUUGAAAUACUACCUGCCAGAAAACCCCGGUAUUUUGAAUAGUCCGCACACCAGUGUGCAGGGAAAUGGAUCGGUCGAGGGCCAUACAUAUGUCAAUCAUGUUAGAUGAUCUUUCGCAUAUAUUUCCCAAUUUAGGGAGCAGAUGGCAAACUGAAAAAGACGUACAUGUAAAGUGAUUGUGAUUUCCGCUUUAAAAAGAGCAUAAUUGAUGACCAAAUUGCUGAAAUGGCGUCUUUAAACUUCACAGCGCUGGAAUUGUCUUCAUUUAGCCGUAAGAAACAAAAGUCAAAGAAAAUUAAAACACUAUACAACUGCAUCUGAGAUCAAAUCCUAUCAGGAACACCUACAGAAGAAUAAACCACCAGAAAUGGUUACUCAGUAUGCAUGUAACAAACCAGCUUCAUGACCUGGUGUUGCAAAAAAAGAUUUACUCAGUCAAAGUUUAGAAUGAUACAUGCACUGUGUAGUGCUAGUAACCUUCGCGCGAGAGCCGAGAAAAUAAAAAAACCCUCUGUUCAAGCAAACUCACAAGGUCACGUUUCACAUUAUCAUGAGCUUAGGAGUCGUGUUUAGCCUGUCAACGCUUAUUUCUAAACUGUCUCGCGUGAAAAUAAUCGGAAGUUUCAAAUUGCAGGUUUCUCUUUGACUGGCUGAUUUAAUUGCGAUCAGCUAAGGUGACAAAAGUGAGUGGCAUUCGAAAAAUCAUGGUUCUCUGGCAGGCGGUAUUUCUCGCGGCUUCGCCGCUCGUGACGGCUCUGCCGUCAAAUCUCACUCGACUAUAUUACAACGGCUCUGCCGCCAAAUCUCACUCGACUACUACACAAUACCGCCAGCUACUUAGGCUAUCUUAUGGGUGUAUUCAGUUUGAUUUGCUAAAUGCUAAAAUAUGCAUGAAAGUGAGAAGAGGCAGUCCUGAGAAUAUGUAACAUAUUUCAAUGGAAGAUAACCUAAAAAGGUAUCUUUUCUCUCAAAAAUGGUAUAUAAUAAGACAAAGCUUCUUAACAUAAAACUUGGGUGAGUACUUUCUGGUGCUGGUUCCAUUCAGUAAAAUACUUUAAUUCUGAAGAUUUUAUGCCUUUCUUGUUUCAGGUUGUGUCCUCUAAUGAUAAUUGGGGUCCUUUAAGUAAGUAAUGAAACCCAGAAAAUAAAAGUUAAGAUCAUGUAUAAUUGUUUGCUGUCUCUGCUUGAGUUAUUUUUAAUGAAUUAAAACCAGUUUUCAGUCCACAGCAUUAGUCAACCGCCAAGCCUUUUUCCUCGUGGAUGAAAUUACCCUAGCAAUUUUUUUUUGAAUCCUAGAAUUUUCGAGGAAAUUUGUGAGGUCGGUCCUUCUGUAUUACUUAGUCUUAUAACUUAAAAAUGAGGUCACACUUUAUUGGAAAUGAAAAAGCAAGUGGAUCAAAAUGCAUUGCACAAGUAAAUUAAAUAUUUCUUGACUUUAAACAAAAUAAAUUAAUGCUUGGCUCAUAAUUUAACUGGAAGGUCUCUUCCUAAUGGAUACUUGCCACAUGUUCUUAAAAAUAUAAGAGUCCUUGGAAACAUGACCUGGAGUCUUUGCAAAAAAACCUUUACUAAGAAUGAUUUACCAGUGUGGCUAUUAUUUCAGGUAAAACAAUAGAUUCACUAAUAUGUAGCCUGCAUAGCUGGCGGUAUUGUGCAGCAGUCGAGUGAGAUUUGGCGGUGGAGCCGUUGUAAUAUAUUCGAGUAAGAUUUGACGGUGGAGCUGUCACGAGCGGCGAAGCCGCGAGAAAUACCGCCUACCAGAGAACCAUGAUUUUUUGAAUGCCGCCCACUUUUGUCACCUUAGCUGAUCCCAAUUAAAUCAGCAAUUUGAAACUUCCUAUUAUUUUCACGCGAGACAGUUUAGAAAUAAGUGUUGACAGGCUAAACAUGACUCCUAAGCUCGUGAUAAUGUGAAACGUGACCUUGCGAGUUUGGUUGAACCGAGGUUUUUUUAUUUUUUCUCAGCUCUCGCGCAAAGGUUACUAGGGUCAUGAAGCUGGUUUGUUUCAUGCAUACUGAGUAACCAUUUCCUGUGGUUUAUUCUUCUGUAGGUGUUCCUGAUAGGAUUUGAUCUCAGAUGCAGUUGUAAAGUGUUCUAAUUUUCUUUGACCUCUGUUUCUUAUGGCUAAAUAAAGACAAUUCCAGCGCUGUGAAGUUUAAAGAUGCCAUUUCGGCUAUUUGGUCAUCAAUUACGCUGUUUUAAUGGGGAAACCACAAUCACUUAUGUUUUCCAGUUUGCCAUCUGCUCCCUUAUUUGGGAAAUAUAUGCGAAGGAUCAUCUAACAUGAUUGACAUAUGUAUGGCCCUCGACCAAUCCGUUUCCCCGCACACUGGUGUGCGGACUAUUCAAAAUACCGGGGUUUUCUGGCAGGCGGUAUUUCAACCGCCUUGUCCCUACUCCCUUUUUUUGCAAUACGGCUCCGCCGCCAAAACUUUAAUCUCGCACCCACACAAUACAACCAGCUACGCAGGCUAGCUAGUAUGUAACACUUGGAAAGUUCUGUUUUCCCCGAACUGGAAAAGUGUCAGACCGUUCUGAUGAAAACAAAUUGCAGAUGAAUUAACUUUAACAUCAAAAUCAGUGUGUGGUUUGUUGGUGUGUGUGAGGGAAUGGGAUGGGGAAUGGACUACGUACAGCGUACACUGAAAAAGUAAUUGGUACCACCGAAGGAUCAUAUAUGACAUUCAUUUAUGUUGUUUAAUUGUGGGCUUGUUAACAUAUGAACAUAAAUAAUUAUUAUUAAGAAUGGAAAUUACUUUCUAGUUUAAACAAUUUUAGACCCCCUCCCCCUGCCCUGGUCAAAGAUACCUGCUUCUGCCCAUGAACAUGAUCAUUUUUUAUUCCCUAGACGUUAAACCCUCUUCUGUGAUGGCUGAGCUUGUUUCCUGUUCUGUUACGUCAAUGGAAUUCUUUGACAGACUUCAAGAUCAAGGUUUGAAUGUGUAAUUUCUCAGUAACCUCCAAUUUCCUUUAUUUCAAGAAUGAUACAUUUAUUAUGGUACAUGUGUACUAGUAAAAAAUGAAAAUUUUGCAGCAAAAUCGAGAAAAUCUUUUUGUUUAUUAUACUUUGUAUUUAAAAGUUAGCCAGGUUUUGUAAGAUUUUCAGAUUAAGCAUCAUGAAUUCCUUUUGUAUUUACUUUGAGUUCAGGAAUAAUUAUUUUUUCUAAUUUCUUUCCAAAAUAAAAUCUUGAAAGGAAUUGUAAGAGAAUCAGGAAGCAUUAGAAAGUGUUUUGAUGAAUAUUUUGAAGACUUUGUCAUUUCUGAUGAACUUAGAAAGGUAAGUUGUAACAAUAAUCAGUAGGUUUGUUAAACCUGCUACCUCGCUAGUGCUUUCAGGGAUCUUACACCAGUGACCAUGUGUAAAGAUUGUUUGUAGAUCUCGUAAUCAAUUUAUUUUAGUCCUUUGCUUAGCCUUUUGACCUUUUGUAUUUAUUUACUAUUUCUCAUGUUGUAAGAGAAGCAUAUCAUGUAGUUUUUGAAGUGUUUUUAGAAAUCUUUGUAAACUUAACAAUAAAUUUGUUGAAGUCUUUUGUGAACUUUUGACUUCAUUUUUAUUUUUACUUUACCCCAGUGAGUGAUAAUUUUAUCUGUUAAAACAAUAGUUUGUAUGUUUAUCUUUCCAAGAUGAAGCCUGCUAGAUGUAGCAGACUUUCUCUAGAAACAAAUCCGUCUAUUCGUUUCCUUCAUUGUUUGUAUUCGUGGGAAACUUUUUCUUUUGGAAUCUGAAAUCCUGGGCUUUGGAAUCCGGAAUAUAGCUCAAGGAAUUUGGAAUCCAACAAUCGAUUGGAAUCUGGAAUCCAAGUUCGAUUGAAAAAAGAUUCAGAAUCCAGUAUCUGGAAUCCAGAAUCCACAACGAGGAAUCCAGAAUUUGAGGCUGUCUUGGGUUCCCUUACUUACAUGGCCGGGUGAUUGAAUGCUUCUGUAUACAAGUUAAAAUUGACAGCAUUAGUAAAAAUAAGGUUCAAAGGUUCGUUUUUGUCCAUUUGUAGGUUUUACUUCUUGAAGAGGCAGAAACAUAUCCAGUUUUCAGUGAUGCUGAUAGAAAUGAGUUUAUUUUCUUGAUAUUUAAGCAUCUCUGCCUGGGAGGCCAAGUCUGCCAA